AUGGCACCUCCGAGCGGAGCGGCCUCUUACAAGAAGAAAGAUGGGACCCUAGCUAUCUCCGCAGAUGAGAAGUCGGUCUCAUGGACUCCUGCAGUUGCAGGGGUUGGAACCAAAAUCUCCAUUCCAGUGAUGAAUAUCACUAAUUUGCAGCAGACCCCAGUCACGAAUCCGAAAGUGAUGCUUAAAGUGUUUGCCCAAGCCCCCGAUGCUCCUCCGAACAGCGCAUCCGAUCAAUAUGUUUUCCUCUUCACGGCUGGUGCGGACGCCCGUGCACAGGCCGAUCUCAUCAAAGAUACGUUGAGUGCUCGGGUCAACGCAAUGAAGGCGGGUACACCAUCCCAGACUCCGGGACCAAGUGGGGGAGGCGAAGGUCUGUCAGCGGCGAUGGCGAUUGCAAAUGCCGUCACCUCCGCAGCGACAUCGAAGAACCCUUUGGAUGAAGAGAACAGACUUCGGGCGGACACUGAGCUACAGCAAUCGUUGCUACGAUCUGAUGCAAAUCUACAAAAGAUGUUCUUCGAGGGAUUGCAUACGAAACCGGAAACCUUGCUAUCUGGGGCGUUCGUGUCGCAGUUUUGGUCUACACGGCUGCACUUGCUGCGAGCACACGCAAUCGAACUGGGGCAAAUGCGCGGCUCGUACAAUGUGCUCUCCACGCUGAAACCCCGGGUCGAAGAUAAUGUGACACGGUUGAACAUCAGCAAAGAGCAGAUCCAGCUCAUUUUCACACAACAUCCGCUGGUCAAACGCGUGUACGACGAGAAUGUGCCGAAACUCAGCGAGCAGCAGUUCUGGUCCCGCUUCUUCCAGAGCCGGCUUUUCAAAAAGCUGCGCGGAGAACGUAUCACAGAGGCUGACGCUACUGAUACCGUGCUGGACAAGUACCUUCGAACGGAUGAGGCUGCGGAGCCGGACCGGGAAGCGAAUAUCCAUCAGUUUUUGAAUCUCGCUGGUAACGAGGUAAACCACAGCCAGCGCCGCGGAAAUCGGCCUGAUCUCGAUAUGAGACCAUCUGGCGUCGACAAGGUCCCCAUUAUCCGGACUUUGAAUAGCCUGAGUGAAAAGAUCAUGGCCAAUGUGGCACCAGCCGACGGUGACAUGAGUGCCCCGAUCGGACUGAAUGAAGAAGCAUGGAAAGAGCUCCAGCUUCAGGAUCUUCGCGGAGAUGAAGAGCAAAGUCGCAUCACUUUGAACAUCCGUGAUCAAAGUCGGUUCUUCUCCCAUGGCCAGGAGGGCGACCAGACUAAGCAACCUGCCAAACAAGAUCCGGAUCAACUUCUCCGAACUCUGCGAUCGGACAUCAACCAGAAUCUCCCGUCGCAGGGUAAUACCCAAUUGGGCAAGUUGGUGGAUCCCGGCGAUGACGAAGACGAGGAGAUGGAAGAUGCGCCUGCCAGCGGUCGGCCUGUCGGAUCAUCUGCCGCUCUACAUGACGCAUUUUCUCAGAUCCUGCAGGCAUUGCGCGAGCGUCGAACGCAGAUGAGCGAAGGAUCAGCAUCAGAGACCUACGGGCUGUCUGUAGCACUCUUCGACCGAUUGACCUUGACACACGCUACAACGACAGAAUUCCUACACCAGUUCUGGCAGGCGUUCCUCUCUGGUAACCCCGACCGAGCCGGAGAGGUUGCGUCUCUAGCAGAGUCUCUCCGACGAGCAGCAGAGCGUAUCCAGGCCGUUGCUAACGAUGCUGAGGCCGAGCGGAAGGUCGAAGUUGAUCGGUUAAGGCAGCACGCCCGUGAGGUGUAUGAGAGCACCGGGCGUAAGUUAAGAAUCAACCUUGAAGGCGUGGAGGGAGGCCAGAAGGUCGUCAACCAGCUUCUCGGUCCUACGCUCCAUGCACUGGAGCUCGCAUCGACCCGAUACCAGAAAGAACUGGCCGAACAAACCAAAGAAGCGGCAUUGGCUGUUUAG